AAUGCGCCUUGGAUCCGCUCGGAGCACUCCCGCGCCCCGUGGGCGAACGCCGAGAAGUCCGAGUGGUCGACCCCAGCAUGGUCCCCUGCUUCCAAGGAUUGGCCUCCUCUCCCGUCCAAGGCCGAGCCCGCUCAGCUCCUGCAGCAGUACCUCAAGAUGGCUGGUCUCUCCUCGGACUCUACGGCGCUGGAGCUCGCUCACCAGUUCGAAGAGGCAGCGGAGCGGGUCAAGCCGAAGCCCAAGGCGAAGUGCCCGUACGUUGUCCUGCGUGAAGCUACCUCGCUCUGUGCUCAGAAGCAGGCCAAGCUCGCCAAGGCGUCCAAGCAGCUCAUCUCGGCGGAGGCCUGGCUGGAGGAGUGUAAGGGGCGCCAGCUCGUGGCAGCGGAAGAGCUCUUCGAGGCGGACCAGGCCCGCUUGGUGGCCCAGAAGGCCACGCAGGGUGGAGGUGGCGCAGGCGUCAGAGCUGAAGCUUCGGCCACUCCUGAGGUUGGCGAGGCUACCCCGAUCUUCGGAGUUGACCCCCAGCUCUUCCAGGACCUGGACGACUACGAGGAGGAGGACAAGCAAAAGUUGCUGCAGUUCCAGAAGGAGCCCGAUGACAUCGCCACCCAGGCCAAGGCCCGCGAGCAACAGUUCAAGGAGCUGCUUGCCUCGGCCAAGCAGGCGCUGCGGGCCCCCCGCAAGCGGCGCCGCGCCGAGGGCGGCCAGGCCAGGGCGGACGAGGCAGAGGGCGCGGCCUCGGAGGCAGCUCCUGCCUCGCCCAGCGGGCCGCUGGCCGUGGCGAGGUCGCCACUGAAGGUGCUGCUCCUGGUCGUGGCGCUCCUGCUGAGCCUGAUGCCGCCCACGAGCGCGGGUAGCACGGGCGCCCCAGUCGCAUAUGCUACGGUAUUCUAUUCUAAUAUCACAGAGUGGGGCCCUCAAGCCCGACGGUUCCCCACGGAGAAGUUUUACGAUCAUUCAGUUGUGGCCCUGGUGGAGACCCAUCAAGGGGCUAACGCCCUGCCGCAGCUGGAGACCGACCUCGACAAGGACGGAUGGCAGUUGAGCUCUACUCCCGCGCGUCUCUCUGGGCGCUCGGAGUCGGGCCUCAGUGGGGGUGAAUGGAUCCUCACACGCAAGUUUGUUGCCAGCUCUUCUUUUCAGCGCAUGCGCGCGGCCGCCCGUGCUGAAGGCCGCCAGGGCCCCUGCAAAGGGUUCGUUCCGCUCACCCUGCACUUGAAGACGGGGAAUGUGGUGGUGAUCGCCGCCUACCUGCAGCCUGGCCUGGAAUUCCGCGGCAUCAAUAAUGGCAUCAUGGUCGCACUGGCGUCCUCUCCUCGGGCUCUUGCAGACCCGUGGCUAGUUGUUGCGGAUUGGAAUUGUGAGCCGCCCGGUCUCGUGGUCAGCGGCUGGGUUCAGCAGUUGCAGGCGCGGGUGGAGGUCCCGUUGAAUUGUAAGGUGACUUGUGAUAAGGGCCCUGGCAGCCUGUAUGACUAUGUGCUUGCCAGCCGCACGUGCCCUGUUUUGCCGUUGCAUGCUGUGCAGAGUGCCCCCUGGAAGACGCAUUGCGGAAUUUUGAUCACCAUCAAGGGCGCGCGCGUGGAGCGCUGGGUGUCGAAGUUAGUCGCGCCCAAGGCUCUGCCUACUGCCAUGCGGCCGCGGGCCCAGCCCCAACCUGACAGCAAGAGGCAGCGUCGACGAGCUGCUGCACUCCAGAGGCGCAGCGAGGCUCUCCCUGAGGACUUGCAUGAAGGCUUUGUUGCUAGCCAGGCGGCGCUCGCGACCUCGGAGCAUCAGGAAG